CGCAGGCCCCGCACUUUGACAGCUGCUCGGUGGGGAACAGCUCUCGUUUUUGUGGCAAUACAACCAUAAAAGAGGCACAAAAUCCGGAGCGCAACGUGUUCUUCUCCUGGACGCCGGCUGGAAAGAUGGCGGGAGAGACGCACACAGCAUGCGACGGCGUUGAUGUGACGUCAGUAAGAAGCGACCUGGAUUCACAAAAGUGGGAGAUUCGAAGUGGCUGCGGCAAAACAAAGCGGAUUUAAACAUUAUUUGUGUCUAAAAGCGUCACCUAAAGCACUGACACAAACAUUUGGCAACUUUUACUAACCGUGUAUGUGAUGGCCACCCCGAGCAAGACACCACCCGGCGCAGACCCAAAGCAGCUGGAGCGGACCGGGACGGUCCGGGAGAUCGGCUCCCAGGCUGUGUGGUCCCUAUCCUCCUGUAAACCAGGUUUCGGAGUGGAUCAGCUGAGGGACGACAACCUGGAGACCUACUGGCAGUCAGACGGAUCCCAACCUCACUUAGUCAACAUACAGUUCAGGAGGAGAACGACAGUGAAGAUGCUGUGUAUUUACGCUGACUAUAAGUCAGAUGAGAGCUACACACCCAGUAAGAUCUCAGUCAGAGUGGGCAACAACUUCCACAACUUACAGGAAAUCAGGCAGUUGGAGAUGGUGGAGCCCAGUGGAUGGAUUCACAUCUCUCUGAUGAAUCAGCGGACAAACGAACCGAUCAGCACCUUCAUGAUCCAGAUUGCUGUGCUGGCCAACCACCAGAACGGCAGAGACACGCACAUGCGGCAGAUCAAAGUCUACACGCCUGUGGAGGAGAGCUCCGUUGGAAAGUUCCCACGAUGCACCACGGUGGACUUCAUGAUGUACCGCACGAUCAGGUGACCGCCUGACCAUCAGUGUGCCCCUGGAAAGUUUGGGAAUCAUGUAAGAUGUCCAGCAAAGAGCGAAAAUGGCACAGUCUGAAAUAUGGAGCUGCUGCUCAUAUAAACAUCAGAUUCUGACAUGAUGGGGAUUGAUUGAUUCCAGAAUUGAUUAAUCUCGAACUGCAUAUCAUUAAGGUUUUUUUUAAAUGUGACUUCUUUUUUUUUUUAAAUAAAGUACUAAUAUUUAAAGGUAAGCUGCCAAUAUUAAAGAUAACCACAUUUAAUACUGAAAAUGGGGCAGUAUUUAUAUGUUGUGAUGUUUGAAGACUUAAAGAACAAACUCCUAUUUUGACACGUUUCCACACGCAGGCUGAUCUGGCCAGUAAACAAUGAAUGAUUUGAUUAUUUUCACCAGGACAGGAGUCAGAGUUCAUAAAGACGCCAGAAUGUAGAUAUUUGGUGUCAGUUCAGAGUUUUUAAACUGUCACAGAUCAAAACUGCUGUGCCUACAGACUGCCUACUGUGGUGGUUUUUGUUUUAACUUAACGUUGAAUUAAAUGUCUUUCAAAGCAA